AUGCCGGUCAUGGCGCGCUCCAAAUCGGUCCGCGCGCCAACAACAGCCAGUCUCCCAAACAACCUGCGCAUCCCCUCAACAACACCCUCUCUCGCAAAGACUCUUGGCAAGCUGUCGCGGCAAGCACUACUGGAGCUCGCCUUAAUAUGGCUUGACGAUCGAAAUAUCACAUCUUCCCCGCCAUUCUUACAAUCUGAUGAAGAGAAUGGCGGCGACGACGAAGACACCCUGCCGUACCCCGCCGCUGAAACAGUUGAAGAAGUUCGCAAUACAUACCAAGACCUGCAAGAUCGAAAGGGUGGAAAGCGUGAAGUACUCGAGCGCAUACUCGAGGGUGAUUGGCGGAAUGGCAUCACAUUGCGACAGCUCGCAAUGGCGGACCUUCGAUACAUGGACGACCACCCAGCUAGUUUACGAUGGACCGCCCUCGAGCUCACUCGCAUCGAUGCAAGGAAAAAGCCAAAUGAGAAAGACACAGCCGAAGAUUGGUCACACAAUGUCCCUCGCAUGCAAGCCGCAAGCUUCGUGAAAGCUCUCCAGUACGAAAUCGCCCCUCUGGUGAAAGCACACUACCACCUAGCCCGCUCAUCAACUCUCCCUCUUACAAUCCUUCGCAUCUUCAUAAUUGACUCACCAUACCAAUCACCUCGUCAAGCACCCGAGGUCUUCGCCGACUCCUCGCGUGUCAUCUACGUCGCUUUCCCGGACAGUUGUCCCUUCAUCUACACCUCCAUCACAGCAAUAGGCCCCAAGCAAGCCGGUCCAACCACCAGUUCUGUGGCAACGGACCCUCGAAGUCUACAGCGCCUUGUACGCGAUGCGAUUCCCAAAGCACUCUCUCGGCCGCAGGAGCGGUAUACUCUAAAACCAACAUCAUUAGCUGCAAAGAACCUCCCCACCCUCCUUGCACUUCGAGGCCCGGGCAGAUCAACUUCUGCGAAUGGAGCAUUCAGCAUCUUUGCCGACUCGGCUCUUGAAGGGAGUCCGUUGGAUCCGCGUCCCUCGAAUUCAGUUUCUGCGGAAGAGCAUAUGCGCAGUGGAGAGGCCAUUGUCGAAGUUAAAGAGAAUGUAGUUGGUACCGAGCAGGCACAUGAGUCGACGAAACGCAAGUCGACAGAUACCCACCCGAGUACAUUGUCACCGACCUCUAAGAAGCGGCAAUUGGCUGUGCAGGGUCGCUUUGGAACAGCGGGUGGGUCAUUGGCACCAGCACCGUUGAAUCGUCUUGACAUUCGACUUCUGGAUCAGCCUACCUUGGACGAUGAGAAUAAUGGAAACAGCACUACUUUGCCUGCGGUUUCGCUAACUUUCACCGGGUCGGAUGUUAUUGGUGGAAUUCGCAAGCUGGCUGAGCUGGGCGUCAUUGACCCCGAGCGAAUGCCGUCCUGGAUGACAGGCGAGGAAGGCGUCAGUAUGGCCGUCGUUCAGCGAGGGAAGAGGCUUUGGAAGGAUGUUUGA